AUGUUUCGUUUCCGUGCGAAUUUGGCGAGCCGGUUUGGCUCCACAAUUGGCCGCCGACCGUUCACGCCUAUUCGCAGUCUCCAAAUGAAAUCCAAGACGUACAAGGAUGAGGGCUCCAGAUCGCGGUCCUCGUUCAUGACACUGCUUGUGCUCAUGCCUAUUAUUUCGUUUGGACUAGGGUGCUGGCAGGUCAAACGACUGCAGUGGAAGCACAACCUCAUUGCCAAUGCGGAAUCGCAACUUGCUCUGCCGCCCCUUCCCCUUCCCAACAAUCUCAACGUUGACGUGGUCAGUGAGUUUGAUUAUCGCCGAGUUACUGCAACAGGCGAAUUUGAUCACGCGCAUGAGAUGCUGGUUGGCCCGCGUCUUUACGAAGGAAGAAACGGCUUCCUGGUUGUUACACCGCUUGUGCGUAAGGACGGCUCAAAGUUGUUAGUGUGCAGAGGCUGGAUCGAGCAGUCUUUCGAGCAGCAAUCUAGCCGCCCAGAGAGUUUGGUCAAGGGGCCGGUAACUGUACAGUGUUUGAUCCGGAAAACCCCAAAGAAAAACAUGUUUACCCCUGAAUCCAAGCCGGAAAUCGGCCGCUACUACUUUAUGGAUAUUCCUGAGAUGGCUGCGAGAACAGGCUCUCAGCCCGUCUACCUCCAAGAACUCGAGGAUAGAGAAUCUGAACUGCUACCAGAAAUGGCUGCAAUGAAGGGAAUUCCACUCGGUGCUACCGCUAAAGUUGAAUUCCGCAAUACUCACUUCCAAUAUAUAAUGACAUGGUUCGGUCUCUCCAUCAUUACCACCGCCAUGCUCUUCAUGGUUUUACGCCAGCGCCGCGCCGCGUCUGUGUCCGAUGCAAUGCGGGCAAAGGUCGCUCAUGCAAAGAAAUGGCAGUAA